AUGUACGAGGAAGAAUGUGGUCUGGAAGAGGAUUUUUUUGCCGCAGACGGGAAUGGCCCGGAAGAAGGUCUCGUCGUCGACUCCAACACUCCAGAAUGGGAUCCUCGGAAGUAUUGGUUGCGCAAUGUCGAGAUCCGUGUGCGUAUGGCCUUGCAACAAUGGAGAUUCUUGGUGUUCAGCAUCGAAGAAAGUGUGCAAGAUUGGAAAGACAAGCAUCGAAUCAGUCGCUCAGCUGACACGGGCAAUGGCAAUCGCAGCGAGCUGGAAGAGCUGUUCGAGUGGACCAUCGAGACAAUGCAGCUCCUACGGAAGCUAAAUGAGAGGUUCGCCAAAACAAAUCAACUUUGGGCCCGCUUCAAUGCUCACGAUGGUGACCGAGGCUACUUUGCUGAUAUGCGAGAUGCUCGUGUAAUAUGCAUGCUAAGCAGUCUCAAGAAUUCUUUUGAGGAGAUGUCUGACCUGAAAAAGAAAUUGUCUCAGCUGAAGAAGAGUUGCAACGAAUCACAACGGCUUCUCUCUCUUCAUCUUGAACACGACAGCAACCUUGCAAAUUCAGAGACGCGAGAAUUCAGUCGCCAAGCCCAAGGAUACAACUUGAAGACCGUUCGCAUGAGCCACAGCAUGUACAAACUCAACAGGAAGAGCACUGAGGCAACCGAGGCAACCACACAUACCACUCGAAUCAACGUACAACUUUUCCUCAUCACAACACCCUUCUUCUUAGCAUUACAGUAUUUUGGCGCAGAAAAGGACAUUUUCUCGUUUGACCGCAGCCCCAAGACGUUCGGCAUCACAUGCGCCAUUUUACUAUGUGCUUUACCGUUGGCGAUGUGUAUUCUUGGGUACGCGAACAAGUUCUGGUACGAGUAUAUCCGUCGAGAGAGUCGCCGAAACAUGGAUGAUGACGACGAAGGUUGCGACAAGGUUGAUGUGUGA